UAUUUUUUAUGGUCAAGAGUUAAGACUGUUAUCUACUGAAGCUACUUCAUCCCCUCCGGCGAGAAAUGCAGAGCCCUUCCCUUCUAUCUCCGGCGACUACUCCCUCUUCAUGGCCUUGUAUUUACACCUUCCGUAGAUUCUAUGGUACCUUUCAGAAUCAAAAUCCGAAUCAAAAUCGCUCUAAAAGCCUCGUCUUUUCAUCAUCUACACUUUCCCCUUUUCCACAUCGUUCUGGAAUUACACAUGGAAUCGUCCCUCCUUCCCGCAGUACUGUAUUUCCAUUCAUUUUAGGUGUGCAUGAGAUUGCUCAAACCAGUGAGGAAGAAUCUGAAUUCAUUGAAACUGGGUAUAUUUCUGGUGUUCAUGGACUUCAAGGGGAAGUUCGGGUAAAACCCAAGACUGAUUUUCAUGAACUCCGUUUUUCCACGCCAGGGAAAAGAUGGUUAAGGCAACAAGUUUUAGGGAAAGCGAAAAUUCAAGAAGUAAAUCUCUUAGAGGGCAGGGGAAGUCAAAACAAUUGGAUUGUCAAAUUCAAUGAUGUUGAUACAGUAGACCAGGCUCACCUUCUUGUUGGGUCAACUUUGCUUGUGAGGGAGGAAGACAAACCACAAUUGGAGGAUGGCGAAUUUUACUCUCGUGAUCUUGUUGGAAUGAGGGUUCUCCUUAAGGAAACUGGCGAGGCUGUGGGAACCGUGGUUAAUGUGUACAACACUGGAGCAAACGACCUGUUGCAUGUUAUGCUGGAUUUACCGGGAGGACAAACGUCAGUUGAGGGUGCUUCCGGUCCUCUUGUUUUGGUACCAUUUGUAGAAGCAAUUGUCCCUAUUGUGGACACCGACAAAAAAGAAAUGAUGAUUACUCCUCCAAAGGGACUUCUCGAGUUGAAUAUACGAACUGUUGACAAAUCCAAAAAAGAAAGGCGUCAGCUUGAAUGGAAAGAGAGGAAACAGCUUCAGCAGCGUCUAAUAGCAGCCAAAAAGAAAUUGUGUUCUAUGGAGCAACAACAUGUAUUUCACGGGCUUCGAUAUGGAGAGAAGUCUCAAAGGAGCUUACUUGCAGAUCAGAUUGUUAGUUUGCGUUCCAAUUUACUUUUGCAUGCAUUGCCUUCAAAGAGAUGGAACUUAGACAAGUUUGUCAAGUUAUUUUUAGCUAGACAGAGGAAAAACACAUUGAGAAUAUCGAAACAGAACCUUUCUCAUCCUGAAAAAGAAGGCGCGGUUUCAAGGUUUCAAGACAAGGGUCAAUUUCUUACAUAUGAAGGAAAAGUUGCUACUAUUCUACUUGUGGAUGAACGGGAAGGCAAGGGAAGCGGUUUUGGACAAGAUUCCAUUGAUGGAGCAGAAGAAUCUACAUCGUUGUUAGUGGAAAAAUUCUUUCAAGAGUAUCAGUGCUUUGAAAAGGAAGAAGGCAAUGCUUCUGUGCCAUUAAUUUUGAUUUGCCCUACACAUAUGAUUGAUCCUCUAAAGCAAUUGUUCCUUGAUCAUGACCACUUUACAUUUGAUAGUGAGAAGGUUUGGUUCCUAGAAGCCGAGAAAUUACCUGUUAUUAGUGGUAACUCGAUAGAAGAACCAAACAAGAACAAGAUUUUGAUGAAGUCACCCUGGGAAAUUCUCCAAACUCCGGUUGGGUCUGGAGGACUUGUAAGCCUACUUUCAUCAGUCAACAUUCUCGAGAAUCUUACAUCAAUGGGAGUAGAGUACAUUAAGGUUUGCAAUUUAUGGGAAGGAAAUGCUGGUGGGGAUGUGUUGGUGGGGUUGGUUAGUUCCUCGGAAGCCAAUAUUGGCAUAGGAAUCUCCUCGAAGGACAUGAAGAAUCUGGAGGAAAGAGUUGAAAUGGUUUUCUCAAUGGAGUUUAUAAAGAAGUUGGUACAACAAGGGAUUAAAGAUCUUCGGUUCGAUCUGAUCCCGAAACAACACCCAUGUGUUGAGCUGGUGGAAAAAGAGUGGGUUGAUGUUGUUCCUUCUUCACCAAACUCUUAUGAGGUUCAUUGUUCUAUUUACAGUUAUGUGUAUGCUUCUGAUCCUGAUAGGGUCUGUAUUUUGGAGGUUAUUGACUGAUGUUUUAAAAUAUUCUCUUCAUGAAUGGUGAUAAAUGGAAUUUUGGAUGAUUUAUUAUUCAAUAUGUAAGUUAAUUUGAA